GGGAUUAUUUUUUACCUUCGUUUGAAUGUGUCUGCUUCUGUUUUUCCCUUUCUGCAUGUAACACCUGGGUAGGAUUUGUUUUUUCUUUCUUUAGGGGAUAAACUGGCAGCUGUGCACGUUGUUUUUCUUAUUCCUUUUCUUUUAUUUCUACUGUGAGAAGUUGGAUUUAGCUUGUUUGGAGCAGCGUUGGACCAAGCAGGAGCUCAAUCACUGAGCUGAAGAGGGAGAAGACAGGAACAUUUUGGAGAACAGGACAAAGAAGGAAUCAUGGGUGUGCAAAAGGAAGAUGUGGAAAAGUUCCUCCAAGGGAACCCUGAUUUUGCUAAAAAGUACUUUGCCAAGAAGAUGACCCCUGACACCUUAUCAAAGGCGUCAGGACUCCCAGAGAAACAGAUUGACUUCAGCCAGUUCCAGGAGCUCAGUCAGUUGGAAGAGGGCCAAAUCAUGUAUGACCUGAUCAAAGACAUGCAGGAGAACAUCAACGUGGAAAAGGUGGUCUUCAAGAUCCUUAGGAGGAUCAGUGCUCUCAUCCAUGCAGACCGCUGCAGCUUGUUCAUGUACCGGCAGCGUAACGGCAUCGGAGAGCUUGCCACAAGGCUCUUCAACGUGAACACACAGGCCGAGUUGGAUGACUGUGUGGUGCCACCAGACUCUGAGAUCGUCUACCCAAUGGACUUGGGAAUAGUGGCCCACGUUGCCGUGACCAAGAAGACUAUUAAUGUGAAAAAUGUCACAGAGAACCAAUACUAUAGCCCAUUCGUCGAUGAACUCACAGAUUACACGACCCGGAACAUUCUGGCGACGCCCAUCCUCAAUGGCAAAGACCUGGUGGCCGUGAUCUUGGCUCUAAAUAAGACCACAGGACCACAUUUCACUCCUGAGGAUGAAGAUCUUUUUUUAAAGUAUCUGAAAAUUGCCACUUUGAACUUGAAGAUCUACCACCUGAGUUACCUCCACAGCUGCGAGACACGUAAAGGACAGCUGCUGCUGUGGUCUGCCAACAAGGUAUUUGAAGAACUGACAGACAUUGAGCGACAGUUUCACAAAGCCUUGUACACAGUCCGAGCCUACCUCAACUGUGACCGCUACUCUGUCGGUUUACUAGACAUGACAAAAGAGAAGGAGUUCUUUGAUAUCUGGCCAGUGUUAAUGGGAGAGCAAGCACCUUACUCCGGCCCGGUCACUCCUGAUGGCAGGGAGGUAAUUUUCUACAAAGUGAUUGAUUAUAUAUUGCAUGGAAAAGAGGACAUCAAAGUAAUACCAAAUCCUACUCCAGAUCACUGGGCCUUGUGUAGUGGCCUGCCUACUUAUGUUGCCGAGAGCGGUUAUAUUUGUAACAUUAUGAACGCAUCUGCUGAUGAGAUGUUUGAGUUUCAGACUGAGCCACUCGACAAUAGUGGUUGGACCAUAAAAAAUGUUCUAUCGCUGCCAAUCGUCAACAAAAAAGAAGAGAUAGUUGGUGUGGCCACUUUUUACAACAGAAAAGAUGGGAAGCCUUUCGACGAUCAGGAUGAGCAGCUCAUGGAGGCUUUGACUCAGUUCCUGGGCUGGUCCGUUUUGAACCCGGACACUUAUGACAAGAUGAACAAACUGGAGAAUCGGAAAGACAUUGCUCAAGACAUGGUGCUCUACCACGUCAAAUGUCGGGAUGAUGAGAUUCAGAAUAUUCUGAACACAAGAGAAGUCUACGAUUGUGAACCCAAAGAGUGUGAAGAGGAAGAGCUCCUAGAAAUCCUGAAAAAAGAUCUACCUCCACUGAUCAAGAAGUUCGAGAUCUACGAGUUCCGCUUUUCAGAUUUUAACUGCACGGAGAUGGACCUGGUGAGGUGUGGGAUCCAGAUGUACUACGAGGUCGGAGUGGUGAAGAAGUUCCAGGUUCCUCAAGAGGUGCUGGUUCGGUUCAUGUACUCAGUCAGCAAAGGCUACAGAAGAAUCACCUACCACAACUGGCGUCAUGGCUUCAACGUGGGACAGACCAUGUUUACGCUCUUAACGACGGGAAUGCUGAAGCGGUACUACACUGACUUAGAGGUUAUGGCCAUGAUAACUGCAGGCUUCCUCCAUGAUAUUGAUCACAGAGGGACCAACAACUUGUACCAAGUCAAAUCUGGCAACCCGCUGGCCAAGCUACAUGGCUCCUCCAUCUUGGAACGACACCAUUUAGAGUUUGGAAAGUUCCUCUUGGGCGAUGAGUCACUGAAUAUCUACCAGAACCUUAACAGGCGACAGUCAGAGCAUGUGAUUCAUCUCAUGGACAUCGCCAUCAUAGCUACUGACCUGGCUCUUUAUUUCAAAAAAAGAACAAUGUUCCAGAAGAUCGUGGACCUCUCACACACAUACGAGGAUGAAAAGAAGUGGGUCGACUUCAUGUCUCUGGAAACAACCAGAAAAGAAAUCGUCAUGGCUAUGAUGAUGACCGCAUGUGACUUGUCAGCUAUCACCAAGCCUUGGGAGGUGCAGAGCAAGGUUGCCUUGUCUGUAGCAGCAGAGUUUUGGGAGCAGGGUGACCUGGAGAGGACAGUACUGGAACAACAACCUAUUCCCAUGAUGGACAGAAACAAGGCAGCAGAGCUUCCAAAGCUACAGUGUGGUUUUAUUGACUUUGUCUGCACAUUUGUCUACAAGGAAUUUUCUCGCUUCCACCCACAAAUCACGCCCAUGCUGGAUGGCAUCCUGAAUAACAGGAAAGAGUGGAAUGCCAAAAAAGAAGAGUAUGAGGCUAAACUGAAAGCCAUGGAGGAAGAGAAGGCUGCUAAAGAGGCGGCCGCGCCCAGUAAAGCUGCUGCAAACAAGCCCAGUGGUGGAAGCUCAGGCUCUUCGACCUGCUCUGUGUGCUAAAAGGUCCAAAAAGCUGUGCACGCGAUUGGAGUGCUUUUGACAGACUGACUUCAGAAUCACCUGAGCAUCGCAGCAAGACAAGUCAGUCUGACCGCCAAGGAAAAAAUGCAAUAAGGUCAGGAAGACGGAUACAUGAAUGCACAGCCCCGUAGUAUUUCUUCAGAAUCCUCACCGUCCCCUUCGUAGUUAAAUAAAAAUCAAGACUCCAGGUGAUUUUUAAAUCUCAGGUUUUCACUCAUACAGUAACAGUUUUCUUAUAUUUUGGGGAUUAAUGUUAGUCCAGAUGGAAAUAUUCUGUGUGUCUGUAUGCGAGCUUGUUCAUUGUCGGACAAACUUUUAUACAGUAAUUUUUGACAGUAGUUGUGUAAUGAAGCGGAAAUUAAAACGUGUACAUAUAUGUGUAGUAAUAUCCAUGUACAGUACGUAUUAUGUAAAUAGUGAACACACUAUUUAAGUCAUUCUUUGCUGCAAAGUCACUGUAGAUUAUAUAUCAUGUCGUAUAUUGUACAUUAAUGUAAUGUUCAUUCAUUUAGCGAUAAAAGGUGGAUACAAAUAUGAUUAAACUGUUGUAAAUAUCCAAUAUUUCAAAAUGAUAACUUCAUGUCAACUUCCAGUCACGUCAUUUACAGCUGAGAGUUUGUUUAACUGGAUUGCAG